AUGUCAUCCGACCGGCCAGGCCGAUUUUCCACUGGGGGUUCACAACCCAUGCGGAGUAUUGAGGAGGAGAACGGGGCCGAGUACGAACUCCCAGCUCGCGAAUACCGCACUGCAGCAUUUGCUCGAAUGGCCGCACGAAGACAAUCGACUAUGUCAAGGCUGGGUUCUAGGCUUCUUCCCAAUUCAGUCAUUCGUGGACUUCUCAGCAGUCAAGAAGAGACACCGGCGGAGGGACAUGCACAUCGUCAUGGCCUAGUUCCUAUGCCCAGCCCAAGAUCCGAGACUGCUCACACUUCUGGUCGGUUUAGUGCGUUCAAUUCACUCAGCUCCAGAGGAAUUACUCGGCGCCGAUCUGCUCAUGCGCCGUAUACUCUUCCACCCCGCGCGGAGUCUGCUGGAAUUCCAGAUGCACCAGCAACCCCGACAUACACCGACUCUUCGUCCCAAAUACCCGAGCCCACAAGAGCAUCCUGGCGUCGCAGUGUUAGGCUACAACGCAUGCGCCACUCAAUUUCAUCUCCCAUUUCUCACAUGUUCGGCCAACAACACUCAGAAUUGCGGCCUGAUGAAAGCCCAGAAUAUCAAAUGUCAGAUUCCUUGUUUGAUGAUAGGGCCAUGGACACGCGAAGGGACUUUGGCGAACCGCCUCAUGAGCUUGAUUCGGUAGAACCAGCCAUCCAGGCUGAGAGGCCCGCAACUGAUUCAUCUCCCUCCCAGCCGAGUCCUGCGUUGAUGCGCCGAUUGCCCGGUAUUAUUCGGGCGAGAUCAUCCAGAGUAUUGCGACGAGAGGAGCAAACCCCUUUGUCAAGGGUUCUUCAGCUUGCCGCAUCUGCAAUUGCAGCUCAGUUAUCUGGCACUACCGGUCCUGCGUUGCCUAAUAUACAGGCAUUGGGCAACGAUGGGUUGGAUGGUUCUUUGGAGAAUUUCAUACAGAGUUUGCAGCACGCGACUUCUACACAGGCUCAACCGCCUGCCACAGGAGAGGGGCCGAACAAUACUGGAAAUGAAGCACCCUCACAUCCUGUCAAUUUCUUGCGUGUGUUCCGUUUUGCCAAUUCAGGACCACCCACUGUCCCGGGCGCUUCAGGGCAGAGCGCAAAUGGUGUCGGCGACCGUGGGACCGAAACUGAUGGAAUGGAUGUUGAUGAGCCUGCUGAAGGCGAAGGACGAACAGUUACUCUGGUUGUUGUUGGAGUUCGGUCCGUCCCGGCUGGAAAUGGAGCUUAUACUGAACAGCAACAGCCUGCAAGUCCGGGCCCCGGUCUAGACGCUCUACUCGGCCUACCGUUUUUGCCACCAAACACUAUACCACGGCCCCAAGAUGCCACUGGUGAAUCGCCUCACCGGGGUGAUAUGCGAUCCAGAUUUCAUCUUCCUCGGCAAUCAGGCCAUGCAGGACUACACGCCCCUGCCGGAGCUACAGAAUUUCCACGCCCAUCAGUUCCUAAUCACUUUAGACGCAUGUCUGAUACCGGGCCCCGUGCGGCAUUCCCGUCCUACCAUUCUUCUGGUUUGUCUGAAAGCCCCCCGGGAUUGCACCCGCCUCCAUCAACUCCAUCUGAACAGGGAGUGUCCGCGUUUUCUUCCGGCGAUUCCACCCCUAUCCGUAGACCGUCCUCUUCUUCAGCAAUUGCUCCAGAUACUCUACCCCACCUCCAUGAAGGCCAGGCAAUGCAACCGACGGCGGAGACUCUGGAAGAGCCUGUAACAUUCAACACUGCUCGUCAGCGACGCCGAAGCGAUUCUGAGUAUGCUCGUCAUCGAGCCCUCGGCUCUGGUGCUGUUCGACGCAAUGGCAUGGUUGAGCCUGAUCCACCCCCACCAAGUGCAGGUCGCAGUUGGUUAAUCUAUGUUGUUGGAACCAACCUCUCUGAGAAUCACCCGGCUUUGACAACACCAAGCCUUUUCACGGAUAACCCGACUUAUGAGGAUAUGAUCCUGCUUUCAUCACUGUUGGGUCCAGCCAAACCUCCUGUCGCCUCUCAGACCGACGUCAACUCCGCCGGCGGAGUCUUCCGUCUUGUUGAGUAUGCAGGCUCACUGGUGGCUGAAGCCGUGGAAGGCGCUGGCACCAUUCACAUCCAAGACGGAGAGCGCUGCCUGAUCUGCUUGAGUGAUUAUGAGGUGGCCGAGGAAGUUCGAGAACUGGGUAAAUGCAAACAUGUCUUCCAUAAAGACUGCAUAGACCAGUGGUUAACCACUGGGAGAAACUCUUGUCCUCUAUGCCGAGGCCAAGGUGUCAACGAAACCCCCAGCAACGACUCCAACGCCGACAACCCGGCACCCAAUCCUGGUUCUGCCCCAGAUGGCACUGCCGUUUGA